AUGGCAGUGGCAAACCCUGUAUUCCCUCCUAUGAAGCUGCAUUUACAACCCCGCGACGGCUGCUCACUCUGCCGCCUUGUCCCUUCUGAUGCUGUUGCAUAUGCAGUCCGGCACCCGUGCCGCCGCCCGUCUCGUGUGCGUUCAUCUCCCAACCGCACAGAGUUGAGGAACAAGACGCGAUCCAACGCGCCGCCUCACGGCCCCUUCCGUACUCCAGCCCCCCCCCCUCACUAUACAUGUCCGGCGUAG